UCCAUUAGCUACGUCACGAAAGGAAUAUUUAAAUUCCGUCUGGAACCCUCUUUGGCACUCGCUCCGAAGCAGGCAGCCUCGAAAAUGCAGACUUUCGAGCGCGCCGUUUCCUUUGCGCUCCUGGUGGGGCUAGCCGUGACGUCAUCAGCGCGGGCCCACGACGUCAGCGAAUCGAGGCACUUCUCACACAGCUACGGCUUCCUGGGUCACUUCGUGGGGCACUGGGGCGGAUCCACUCACGGACACACCUUCGGGUACCAUAUAUACGGAUCAUGCCGCCAUGCACUGCAUUGUUGCCAGUAUGAAUUUAAUUCGCCGGAGUUCAAUGCUUGCUGCACUCACUACGGCUGCUGUCCGUCCUGCGAGACCAGCGAGUACGGCUGCAGGUGUAAUUACUACUGCAAGAAGAGGGGCGGCAUCUGCAGGAAGUACAGAUGCGCGGCUGGGGAGGAGAUGUCUUGGUGGGGCUGCUAUGGCUACCGCUGCAAGUGCUGCACAAAGGUGGACAUCCCGGUGACCGAGGACUGCGCGGGGUCGGGCGAGUGCUGCGGCCUGCAGGCUGGCUCCGGAGAUUUCUUUGCGUGCUGCCAGAAGUACAACUGCUGCCCCGUUUGCUCAAAGCCCGAGUGCACCUUCGGCAACGAGACCUUCGCCGGGGGAGAGAUCAUCCGGUCGUACCCCGAGCGGUGCCUGCAGCUGCGGUGCGAGGUCACGGAACUGGCCGAGCAGCCCUUCUACCAGCAGCAGAUCACCGAGGUCACGCCCAACGCCUCCUGCGGAUGCUGCGAGCUCGGAGGAAAGAUGUACGAGGACGGGUAUCUUCUCACGCAAGACGACUACUGCAUGGCUGUCCAGUGCGUCGAAGGGGAGUGGGUCAACCAGGGAUUUUUCAACGCUGAUUGUCGAGUUUGUUCUAUUCAAGAUCCGCUGGCCGCUGCAGUGACCUUCGACGGGACAGUCAAUAAAGUGUCCGAUACUAGUUGCAGCUACUCCGCCGUCCAAGAAGGGAAUGGGUACAAUCCAGACUCGUAUGUCUCCGUUGAAUUUGACCCUCACACAACGGCCGGUUUUGUGGACAGGACGGACCUUGUCUUCAAGGACACGGGCGCCGACCCAGUUACCUGCCCGGCGAGCGAUAUACAGGGCUGCUCCUUCGGUUCCAUCACGGAUACUCCCAAAGAAAUCAAUGACGUGGGAACGCUCGCCCUCACCACGAACCUGGGCUCUGUACAGUUCAACGCGAUAAUGGGCGUUAAUAAGAUCACGACCCUAUACAACGACAACUCGCUCCUCAUCAUGGCCCCGGUCUCAAAAUUCGAGGAGUUGGGCGGUCUGUGCGGCGAAUUCAACGGUGACUCCAGCGAUGACCUGACCUUGCGGGACGAGACGGUCACCACAGAUGGGGACGCGUUCGUAACGGACUGGAAGAUGGAUCCUUCGUGUGUUAGCACUCCAGCAAGACGAGGCCUGAGGAGCACGACGGACUUCUGUGGCUCCCUCCCGGCGCAAACGCUUUCCGAACUUGUUGCAGAUUGCGAAUCCAUCAUGGCAUCUCACAUAAACAUCACCGAACCGCUGAUGGACAACUGCAAGCAAAUUCUGUGUCGGUGCGAGCAGAUCGACGUCUCCUCCUGCGUGCUGUCUGUGGAGGAAAUGACGGCCGCCAUCGCCAGCGUGCUCGAAAAGGAGAGAAGUCCCGGCGAUCUGGAGGAGCUGCUGCAAAGUGCCCUGGUCUAGAGGGCCUCCUUGCAAGACCUCCCCUCGAACGCGCCAGCCUCGGGUGUCUCCGCUCCUUACAACGCCCACGGAACAGCGGCGGAGUGUGUCAGCUGACCGGCCGAGGAGCGAUGCGGAACAAGGCCUGGUUGAGGAAAUUUGGGAGGAUUUCGUUACCGUUAUUAUCAUUAUUAUUCUUGUAUUCAUUGUAAUUUUUAUUGUUCUUGUUAUUAUUGUUAUUAUCUUUAUUUUUCUUACUAUCAUCAGUUAUGUAGGAGACACCAAAUAACACAAUUGUCAGUUA